AAGAAGAGAGCCAUGGCGGAAAAACCAAAACAAAGCUCUGUUUCUGAGAAGACAAGUGUGAUUGGAAGAAGUGGUAAAGAAGAGAAACAAUCAAAGGUUCAUGAAAAGGAGACUCAUGGAACAAGUGAAGACAUCAACGAGAAGACUAGUGUAGAUGAUGUGAAAGGACCUGGUGUCUUUGGUCGUAUGAAGGAAGAAGUGGAAGCUAUUGUUGAUGCUGUUACUCCUAAGAAAAGUUCUGUUGAUGACAAGUGAUACUAAUCAUCAUCAUCGUGUUUUUAUUUUCUUGUUGCUGCCUUCGUUAUCUCUGUGUUAGAACAGUAACGUUCAAACCCCUUCUCCAUCUAAUAAAUACACGACCUUCAUGAUUCUUUGACAAAACCAUUGGAAUAAUCGACCCCAAAGGUUGUUUGUUCUGACAGAAACAUAA